CCCAUCCCUCCUUCUUCUUCCUCCCCCCAUUUUCUACCUCGAAAAGCCGUCAGGGCCCAGGCGAACACUCCUUGGCCGCAGAGGCCAACCAAUCGUGAGACUACUUUUGCUUUCUCAGCUUAACGCCGACUCUAGGUCGGUCAGGACGGGGCCCACCUUUUAGGCGAUUCGGCAUUCCAGUUGGGCAAUGAAGCUCCUACUUGCGCGUGAUAGCUGGCCGUCUGCCGCCGCUGCUGGAGGAAGAGCCGGGACCCAUUCCCAGCGGCGACGAACACAUCUCUGCGGGUUUCUUGGCUUUGGCGGCGCGCCUUGUUCGGCCGUCCAAUUGAUAUUCGCUUUUGCCAACCAAGCCUGCUCGCACAGCCAAUGUGCGCGAAAUAAUGAGGCUAUGGGAUACACAUAUUGAUCGACACGAAGUUCCAGGUGCAUCCGCGAUUGCCGAAGCGGUCAAGAGCCAACUUGCGGUAGUUGAGCAUGUCAAUGGCGAUCAGACGCGCUUUGGCAAGCUUAAUGCCACCGAUGUUCCGAUCGGGUCAGGACAGAGCGCAUAGUCUAACUACAGGACCACCCUUCGGGAGAUGAGGAGAUGAGGUUAGGGGGGAGGAAGGGUGCAGCUUUCGGUUUGCGAUCUCACCCCAACGUCCGACUCUCAUGAUGAUCUUGCUGGUGCUGGUAGAACGGUGACCUCUCCUCAGCCUCGAUCCCUCCCUCCCAGCGGCAUUCUUGCUCGCUUCCCCUGCGAGAGGCCCAGGAGAUGAUACUCGAGCAGUUUGUGGAGGAGGCGCGCUCCGGGCGCAAGGCCUUCGCGCUGCCUCGCUCCGCCGUGAGCGAGCUGGAGCCAGGCUGUCCAGCGGAGUUCUGCCCCCACAGAGAUGUGCCGCCGUGGGGCCCGCAGCGGCUGCGGCAGGGGCGCCGCCGACGGCCCGGGAGGAUGAGUUCGCGCAGCAUCCUUCCGCCCAUUUCGGGGUACUACUUGGCCUGCUGCUGGGCCUGAGCACCUUGCGCGGGCCUCCGCCCGUGAGCCGAGGGGG